AUGGAAGAGUUGUUAAGAUCGGAUCGAGAACAUGAACAUGUUCAAUUUAUGUAUGAUAAACAUAAAACAAAUCUUGAUUUAACCAAGCAAGUUGAUAAAGAACUUAUUAAUGAAGAUAAAGAAGAAGAUAAUGAUGAUAAUGAACCAUAUGCUACUGAUGGAAAUUCGUCUAGUAAUCUACAGCAAUUUUUUAAUGAUUAUUAUGAAUCAAAUAUGUUUAUUCAAAAGAUAUUCAUGUUUAAAAAAUUGUCUAUCAGUUCAUAUUUUAUCCUAGUUAUGAUCGGUACGAUCAUAGGACUAAUAGUUAGUUAUUCUCUGGGAGUAUUUCAUCGACAUUCGAAACAAAUCGACGAGGCCAUGUUACGUUUAGAUUUACGUAAGCAGAACCGAUUGAAAAUAUUAGAAAAUGUCAAGUCAAAUUGUUCUCAACUGAUUGUUGAAUAUCCUGAAUUUAAUGUCUAUCCACAGAUUAAUCUGUGUAGCGAUUACGAUUUAUCAUCGAAAUUAGUUAAAUUAACAAUAAUUUUAUCAACAUUGUAUAAUAUCUAUUUAUUUUAUAUGUUAUAUCGUUCAAUUUUAUUAUCCAUUAUUAUAAUGGGAAUAUCGUCGACUUUCUUAUUCAAUAUGAACUUCUUCAAUAAUGGACAAAUUCUUCAUUUCUUAGAUGUUACCUUAGUUUUCAUUGGUUUUGUUCUGAUUGUCGGUCAUAUUCUAUUAACAAAUAAAAGGGUUAUCAAAAACCAACAAAUUCAUAUUGCCUAUUCCGAUGAAGAAGAAAUCUGUAAUUUAUGUUGUCGUCUAUUAAGUAAAAUUGUUAAAAGACAACGUGAUCUUGAUGUUUCAUUCUUAGUCCGACGAAUGUAUGGAACUACAUGGCUUGAAAGUUUAUUUCAAUCAUGUCAACGUAAAAGUAAUAAUGGAUCUUCAAAAGAUGAGCAUUUAUCUGACAAUCAACAUGGUUUAUUAAGUUAUGAACAGUUGCUAAAUUUUGGAAAUGAUGCAUUGAUCUGGUUUAGGGCUAUUUGGGAAUGUGCACAAUUUUGUGUUAUGAAUAAAUUGAAAACACCACUUGGAAAACCGCAAGAAACAUUUUUAGCGCUUGAAGAAAUUUUACGUUUUUUUGCUUGGCCAAUUGAUAAUAAUACGAAAAAAGUCGAAGGAUCUUCAUCAGAUCAAACGAAUCGCUCUUCGACACCAUCAUCAACAACAGUAAAUCCUCCUGCCACAGCAUCAUCAUCAUCCGGCGAAGCAAAUGUUCCAGCAGAUAAAGGUGAUUGGUGGUGUGAUUUACAUCGUUGCGGUCUUUUACUACAAUUGAUUGAAGCACUUGAAAGUACAAUGCAUAUGAAGGAGCAGCUCUUUCACUUCCACAAUUACCUAAGGUGA